GGCUGUCAGCUGUCAGUUAUUGGCAUAUUUUCAAUUUGUCUGGAUUUUUCUUUGGAAUAUUGUUAAAGAGGUUGUAGAUAUGACUACAAACCUAACUGCCCUAGAACUUCUGAAUUUAGGCGACGGGGACAGGACCCGGCCAUGGAUUAAUCAGCAUUGGUCUAAAGUACUAGGACUUCUCUUUGGGGUCAGCACAGGAGUGAUCAUUAACUUUGGCACACGACGUCCACUAUUCAGCGGUAUACAAAAACAUGUUCUUGGCGUUGCUGGAUGGACUAUCGCGCUAACUACUUUACAGAACAUACGUAACGACUACCUCGCAGAAAAGGACGCUGUUCUUAGACAUUACGCUGAACUUCAUCAUGAGGACUUCUGCCCUGCACCAAGGAAGAAGUAUGCGGAUGUUCUGGAGCCUUGGAUCCCAAUCCGCUAAGGAUAUUAGUAUAAAAAAUAUAUUAGAUCAAACUACAGAAAUCAUUUAAUAUCAUGUUUUAGUAAAUAAUUUAUUGUAGGUACAGAACAACUAUAAUGUUUCUCUCCCAUAAAUUUUGUUAUGUAGGUACUUAAUUUCACUCAAAACUAUAAUAUGUGAAGAAAAGUCAACCGUAAAGGUAAAUAAAUGAAAAUCUUAUUAUA